AUGCGCUCGACCAAGCUCGAUCGCUGUGGAUUUCAUCGCGGAUCCAACUGUCUGCACGCUCUCGCCCGAGAGAGCACCGGGUAUCUAAUGAUACGCAACCAGUUCAUGAUGCCGAUCCCUCCACAAUACUACAAGGAAACAAAGUCCACGGAGGGUCACGAUCAUGCGAUCUUCUGUGCUGCGAUAAAUGGAGCCCUGAGAGGAGCAUACGAGAGAAAUAGUGUGUUUUAUGAGAAUCCGUAA